UGUAAGUAAAGAUGCCAUUUACUGUUUGCAGUGCUGCCAGAUGCAUGUGUCCAGAUAUUGCCUAGAUGUCGGGCUGUUGAACAUGCUGCAUGAGAGCUUUCACCUACAGGGCUGCUUUGUGAAUCUAAGCAGAGGAAACCUCAUUACUGAUUUAACUGAUUGCUUGCUGGGAUGGUGAAAACAACAAGGGGAUUCUUGAUACAGAAAAUGAACUCCACAUCACAUAAUGGAAUAAAUCAAGUGUACCACUCUAGAAACCACACUUUGGGGACUUUAUCUGGGACUAAUAAUUCCAGAGAAAACCAUCCUUCUGGAUGCUAUGAGCAGCUUUUUAUAGCCACAGAGGUGUUUGUAACCCUUGGCAUUGUGAGCCUUUUGGAAAACAUACUUGUCAUUGCAGCAAUCAUCAAAAACAAGAACCUGCACUCUCCUAUGUACUUUUUCAUUUGCAGUUUGGCUGUGGCUGAUAUGCUGGUUAGUGUUUCAAAUGCCUGGGAAACUAUUGUCAUUGCACUGAUUACCAGUGGUGAUCUAAAAAUCCAAGACAACUUAACCAAAAAUAUGGACAAUGUAAUUGAUUCCAUGAUUUGCAGCUCACUGCUGGCAUGUAUUUGUAGUUUGCUGGCAAUUGCUGUUGAUAGGUACAUCACUAUUUUUUACGCCCUGCGCUAUCAUAACAUUAUGACGAUUAGGAGGGCUAUAAUGAUUAUUGGUUGCAUUUGGUCAUUCUGCAUAGUCUCUGGUAUUCUCUUCAUUAUUUAUUCUGAAAGCACAACUGUCAUUAUUUGUCUUAUUACGAUGUUCUUCACCAUGCUUGCCCUCAUGGCAUCUCUAUAUGUUCAUAUGUUCAUGUUGGCACGGCUGCACAUGAAAAGGAUUGCCGCUCUUCCGGGCAAUGGCACAAUCCGGCAAGGUGCCAAUAUGAAAGGAGCGAUCACCUUGACCAUCUUGCUAGGAGUUUUUGUUGUUUGCUGGGCACCAUUUUUCCUUCAUCUCAUCCUCAUCAUUUCUUGUCCCCAGAAUCCUUAUUGCCUCUGCUUCAUGUCUCACUUCAACAUGUACCUCAUUCUAAUUAUGUGCAAUUCAGUUAUUGACCCCCUCAUCUAUGCUUUCCGAAGUCAAGAGAUGCGCAAAACCUUUAAAGAAAUGUUUUGCUGUUACACUUUGCGUGGGAUCUGCGUAUGUGAGCUGCCUACAGCGUACUAGAAACGCACCUAUCUAGACCAUUAUCCUGGAACUCCUGAAAGACACAUACCUCUGAGUGUUCUGUGAAAUUUUAAACAUGAUUUGCAAUUGUGCUCAAUAUUAUGUAUUGUUAAAGUUCAUUUCUGUAUACUUUAAAAAUGUUGUCUGCCUUCACAAAUGAGUUGUGUCCCUGUAUUCCAUUGUGUUGCAAAAGACUGCAGGUUACAACUAAGGUUCCAAACUCUUACUCUCACAAUAGUGGGAUUGUUUUCCCUCUUUUAUACAAAGGAUGCAAAUUAUUUGCUUCAGUUCUUUUGAGUAUACAGGUCUUUUUUAGCAACUCCCAGCAAACAUAUGUGGCAUUUGCACAUUUAAGCAACAUUUGAAGCACGUGGUAUGCAUCUGAAUGGCAAAUUUCCAUUUAAGUAAACUUAUUUAUGUCCUCAAAUACUUGAAGAAAACUUGAAAACUGUGUUGCAUAAUGAAUUGUUAAUCAUAAUUGUACACUAUUCAGGUCAGCAAAUUCUCUUUUUUUUUAUUUUUAGAGGCAUUGCUCUUUGUAUUGAGACUUUUACUAUCAUGUUUUGCUUCUCAGGCUAAAAUGUGUUACAUUUGCCUAAAGCACAGGGUUUAUCAGAAGUCAAUAUCUAUUUUAUUAUUUGUACUUUUUCUUAUUAUAUAGCAGAAAAUGCAUUUAUUUUAUUGUAGUAGACUGUACUCUUUAAAAAUGACUGAGAUCAUGUGUUUGUGCUGCUUGUUUUAUAAAUGUACAUUUUAUCUGCAA